AUGAUUUCAAAAUCAUUACGUUUUCUUGCAAACCCAAGUGCAAAUAGACAGUCUAUCAGAACAAAGAUUUCCUCAAGCUCAACGUCUGCGUUAGCGUAUAAGUCAUUGCAUCGUAACCAAAAGAGACCACCUUUGCCUACAUUUGACACACCUCACUGGUCGGCAGAUGCAGCUGUGUCUUCUAUAUUGUACGAGACUCCAAUGCAGUCCAAAGCACCUAGAAAACAACAUGUAUUGAACUGUUUGGUUCAAAAUGAACCUGGUGUGUUAAGUUCUAUUUCGGGAACAUUAGCAGCUAGAGGAUUUAAUAUUGAUUCUUUAGUUGUUUGCAGUACUGAAGUUAAGGAUUUAUCAAGAAUGACUAUAGUGUUGGCUGGUCAAGAUGCUGUCAUUGAGCAAGCUAGAAGACAAAUUGAAGAUAUGGUUCCGGUGUAUGCUGUUUUAGACUAUACUAAUGCAGAAAUCAUUAAGAGAGAGUUAUUGUUGGCUAGAGUAUCAAUCUUGGGUCCAGAAUACUUUCAAGAGUUGAUCGCAUCUCACAAGCUUCACACUGGAAGUGGUGCUUCCAUACCAGAUUUGGAAGCUCCUGAAUCCGAGUUCCAUCCAAAUAACUUGGCUCCAUCAGAAGCUUUGAGACAGAAACACAAGCACUUUGAGCAUAUAUCUGCUAUAACCGAAAAAUUCGGUGGUAAGAUUGUGGAUAUUUCAGACAGAAACGUUAUUGUGGAAUUAAGUGCCAAACCAUCCAGAGUAUCAUCCUUCAUUCACUUGAUGCAUCCUUUUGGUAUUUUAGAGAUAGCUAGGUCUGGUAUGAUGGCAUUGCCUAGAACACCUUUGGAUGCCUUCACAGAGGAAGAUGAGCCUGUAGAUGCUACUGAGAUCGUUGAUGCUUCGCAAUUACCUCCAGGUUAG